GAUGAGGAACGAUAUCCAGCCCAAAAGCGGGGGGAGGUGGGGGAGAGAGAGAACGUUCUAAGGAAACCCUCGAGGAGGAGUCGCCAUGGAUCUCGUCCUCCACCUCCGCCUCCGCCUCCGCCACCGAUCGCUCCUCCUCUUCGUCGUCGUCCUCCUUGUCCUCAUCUCCUCCUAUGGAGUGACCGCCGAGGUUAUCACCCUCACCGCCGACACUUUCUCGGAUAAGAUAAAGGAGAAGGAUACUUUGUGGUUUGUGCAAUUUUGUGUUCCUUGGUGUAAACACUGUAAGAACCUGGGAACACUUUGGGCGGACUUGGCUAAGACUGUUGAGGGCGAAGAUGAAAUAGAGAUAGGACAAGUAGAUUGCGGUGCAAGCAAAUCUGUAUGCUCUAAAGUUGAUAUCCAUUCAUACCCAACAUUUAAGAUAUUCUACGAUGGGGAGGAAGUAGCAAAAUAUAAAGGUCCGAGAGAAGUUGAAUCACUUAGAAACUUUGUUCUAGAAGAGGCAGAAAAGGCGGCACGAACAAAGCUGGAAGCUGAUAGAGAUUUGUGAUACUUUACAUGACAACUCGAGUCUUCUAAAAUUACUGGCACAGAAUAUAACCCACUCAGCAGUAGGCAAACCUGUCUUUCCGUCCCCUCUAAUUUUGGCAUUGUUUUUUAUCUUUUUCUCUUGAAUCUUAAGAGGAAAAUCAAUCCGAACAAUUUGUCUUGAUCAAGUGCAAAGUUGAUCCUCUGAAGGCCGAUAAUUGUGUCGAAGCGCGCCAAAUAUUUAUUCAGCGAGGCACUAGUAUGUUGAUGCCUAAAUUAUGGUCGGAAAAUUUUGCAAUUAGUAUGCUUAUGCUCGGUACGUGUAUUGCUUAAACUUUCUCAGCUAUAAGACUAUAAUGUGCUAUAUUCAAAAUUUUAGUGAUCUAUAUCUACUGUUUGUUUUGGUUAUUA